CUUGCAACUCCAUUCCAGGCCGCAAUCUGAAAAGAAUCAACUAACUGGCAAUCUCGGAGAAUACUGAGAAUAGACGUAGGUACCUGCCGCGGCUGGUACUUGAACUUACCAUAAAUCGUACCCUGCGAUCAAAAAGACAGGCAAUCUGGGGGAAAACCUCGGAAUCGAAAUCAAUAUACACCGACCAAAAUCGAAGCGUCAUCGACUGACCCGCAAGCUUAGAAGUGUCUACUGAAGCAUUCCAGAAGCUAGGGUCCAGGUCAAAAGGGAAAGGGUUUUUGGGAGAGAUUAUUGCUGGCCAUGUCAAGUCUUACAUCCCCCUUCGAGCCGAACUGUCUUGUCGAGAAUCAUAAUGCGGGUCUCGUGCCUCGACAUUUUUCCGCUGGCAUCCCUGAUGUUCGCUCCCUAUAUCGUCAGAGUCUUGACAGCAAGGAUUAUCUUCAAUACCGGGUCAUAGUGCAAACUGUCACAGUAGCCAUGCUUCCGGAGAUAAAAACGCGCCGUACGGCCUCCUCGAUCUUCGGCCAUGUGGCAACUUCUGGGGCCAUCGACCAGGAGGGUUCGGAUGCCAGAUCAAGAUGUCGGAUGAAGACCAGGUUUCGAGGGCAUUGCCGUAGGAAGACUAAUCAACCAGGCCCUGGAUCCCUUACAAUCGGCAUGCCUGUCACUGAUCCCACGAGGCGGUUCAUUUCGAACAAUGCAACAUAAAUAGAUACCCGAUAUUGACAUGAGAUCUAGCCGGAGACAUUCUCCGAGAUGGAACAAUUCUCAAGCUGCCAUGAUUCUCAAACCUCAUCGAGACGGGAUGAACUCUCGACUGUGACAAGGGCAGGGGCGGGAGGUGCCUACCAAUGUAACCGCACUUCAUCCGGUGUGUUUGCCUUUUGGAGCGUGCUUCCAUAAAAUAUGUAAUGACACCAAAGUCGGUUUUUCAAUGGUCGGAUCACACAUGUGUGGCCGUAAGCCGCACAAAAAUGCAAGUGAACUACCCGUCUCAGCAACCAGAGACAAGCAACACCGCGGCAGGCAGAGCAGGGGGCCCGCAUAUUGGUUGCGCACAUCGGACUCGUACCAGAUCGACGACCAGUUACGACAACCUAAGGGAGGUAUAACCCAGACGAUUCGAAAAAAUACCGGGGAGAAACAAGAUAGAAGAGGAACAAUACUGACAUGGCGCAACUGGAGCCAGAAAGCUGGUCUCAAGGCAUUUUCAAUAAUCUAGCACGGCGCAACUGCAGUGUGGUUGUUUCUCUCGUUGCGUGCCAGCUUGAUCUGCUUCGUUAUGACGUCGCAACCUGUCAAUGGAUGUCAACGCAGUCGUGCCUUUGAAUUUGGGAGUUUCCCCGUCGAUUUUCAUCCUCAUGAGCUUUUGUCUGCAGCACAGCAUGGGGUGAGACUGUGGCCUUUUCCUCUUUUCCAGGGUUGGCAUGUGCUAUGCAGGCAACGAGGAUGGUUGUGGAGCACCCCGGGCUCGACCAGCCCGUCUUAGUCGACAGAGCUGGAACCCUCUGUCUCGUCAGGUGAUUCUCAGGUCCACGUUGCCGUUGAGAUAAGACAUUGUGCAGGGCACAAGCGUCCAGGAACGUAUAUGGCUCUGAGAGAAGCAAACGCCCAAUAAAACACGGGUCCGGUAGCCACUUGAAGCCCAAUUCAAUAACAAUGACAGCAACGUCAGAGGUCGUGCCGCGCCAGUAUAGCCGGUGGAUUGCAAAUACCUCUGUUCGAGCCUCGGUGGUUUGGAGGCGAAAUUGCGGCCAUUUUCAAUCAAGAAGGCUGAAGCCGAUACGAUAUAGCUUACAAAACUGCAGUGGGACUAUAGUGGUGUGACUUGCCACCGAGCAAGAGAACUGGUCCUGCGAAGUGAAUCAGCAAGCCCGCUUUCUCGAGAGACCCGCGAACUCGUCCAGCGUCUCGAGCUUGGCAGCCAAGCCAACUUGAAGUUGUGGUCGGCAGCGAAGUCAGGAAAUCGCUAGAGGACAGAACAACAGGUGUGUGGUGAAAAGCAUAAACUGGAGCUCCAGACGUAGGCCUGUGGUUAAGGAGGCAAGCCGAAGCGAUCCUAACUUCCCGAGUCAUUCUUGUGGACCGUUGAAAGGACGGCUUGUGUCAGCGUUAGCAUUUCGGGGACUAUCAAACUCUCGACCAGGCGUGCGCAUGGUGGAACCCAGUAGUAGGUCGAGCAAUCUCAAUGAUAGCACGGCACCACGUUGUGUACGUUUUGACCUCGGAAAGAGCUGUACGCAAGGACCAAUAGGGGCAGACUGACUGGAGCUUCAAUCCGCGCAGGCUUUGCAUUGUGAAAGGAUCUUCCUUGUAUGCCACGAUUUCAUAGACAAGAAGUACAAAUCAGCGCGGAGCUCAGAGUUCGGCCGCUCGAAGUCAAGUCCGGGAAAAACGGUUGGAACCAAGGGAGGGCCGGUCCGCUCAAAAGAUUGCGCGACUUGAACGUUACUCAGCCAGUCUCGCCAGGGAUUGCCCCGAGACGGUGCGCCUUAUCUCAUUACCCGAGAACAACCUCGCAAAGCUCGGGGUGUGUGUGCCUGCUCCACGAUGCGGGCCUUACUGGGAAGAUGCGAUAGGCCACUCGAGCCCUCGCAAAGCUCUGUCGACAACAAAAGUGCAGAGACAGCGGUGGAAACGGAGCUGUGCCUCCAUACAGAAACGCGUGGUGGCCGGCGAGACAAUCUCUUAACGUUUUGGGAUUGAAUAACGCCGGUCGAGGGAUCCACACUGCACGUCUGGGUGUCCCUGGCGUGCGUGCGUCGGACGUGAAUCAUAACUUGUUUGUGCAUCCGGGCAGCCUAGAAGGGCUUCCGAAGAAUAGGACCCUAGACCUGAUUACUCAGGGGUGAGCGGGACCUCAGUCUCACGGAACGAUGAGAACAGCCAGUUGAUGGCGAUGCACGCGACGUUGUGACCGUGAUAAUCAUAGACACACGUGUCUUCCCUCUAAGUCUAAGCCGUAUUUGCUGC